AUUUGUGCCCGAUAGAUGUCGUCGGAUGCGGUUAGAUGUUUUAGUUUUCCUGGAAAUAGAGUAGAUCGCUUGUCUUACAGAUUGGGGAGUUCGCGCCGGGAUUGUGUUGAGAUUAGGUGUUAGGGGAUUGAAUCUAGGGUUGUGCGAACUAUGUGCUAGGGAUUAUGUUGAGAUUAGGUGUUAGGGAUUAUGUACCCCGAUUUUUUUUGUUGGCUCAGGAUUUUAUGUUGGGAUGAAUCUAGGGCUCUCCAAACACUGGUGGAAUUCUAUUGAUAUUAACUAUUAGGGGAAUCGAAUUUAUGGCUUAGCAGUUGGUGCUGAAAUUUUGUCAGUUUAACUAAUAGUGGAGUUGAAUCUACGCUUCUCAAAGUUCCAUGUUGAAAUUCUGUUGAUGCCAACUAACAGGGAAAUUCAAUUUAUGGUUAAGAACUAGAUGCUUAAAACUUGUCUGGGUUUUGAAGCUAUGCUGUUGUUUUUACCAAAUUAAGCCCCAUCUCAGCUAUUGCUGGCUGUCGAGUGCACUUUGUUGAAUCGUUUUGGUGUGGGGAUGAUAGCAGAGUUUGUUUGUCGGAACACCUGGGCGGUUCUUAGGCCAGACCUAUACCAAUAGCCUCCAUUUCGAGCAAGUUGGGAAUUAUGAUUUAGACACGUUUUACUGGAUUACAAGAGGUUUUUUCAACAUAUAUGUAUCAGUCUAAAUUAUCUGUCCAUCUAUGCCGAUCCUUUUUGUAUUUAUUUCUUGUUUGUUUUGGGUUUUUCUUUUCAAUCAAAGAUUAAUGGUCUAAAACGGUGUGCAGAUUAGGUUUUAAAACGGAUCAAAUAAUAAUCUUUGUCGGACGGAUAUAACAAGGCCUACCACCCCAGGAGUGCCCUCGUGCAACAGGUGCCACCUGAAGUGCUCUCAAAACCAUGGCGGAGCACUUGGCUUCAAUAUUUGGCACUGAGAAGGACAGGGUCAACUGCCCCUUUUACUUCAAGAUUGGAGCUUGCCGUCAUGGGGAUCGUUGCUCCCGUCUGCACAACAGGCCAACCACAUCACCAACUAUUGUGCUUGCUAACAUGUAUCAGCGACCUGAUAUGAUCACCCCUGGAGUUGAUGCCCAAGGCCAGGCUAUUGCUCCUGAGAAGAUGCAGGAGCACUUUGAGGACUUCUAUGAGGACAUCUAUGAGGAGCUGAGCAAGUUUGGUGAGGUUGAGACCCUGAAUGUAUGUGACAACCUUGCUGACCAUAUGAUUGGCAAUGUCUAUGUCCAGUUCAGGGAGGAAGAGCAGGCAGUGGCUGCUCACAACGCCCUUCAGGGCCGUUUUUACUCUGGCCGCCCUAUUAUUGUGGAGUACUCCCCUGUGACAGACUUCCGUGAGGCCACCUGUAGGCAGUAUGAGGAGAACAGCUGCAACCGUGGUGGCUACUGUAAUUUCAUGCACGUGAAGCAGAUUGGCAGAGAGCUCAGGAGGAAGCUGUAUGGGGGGCGUUCCAGGAGGAGCCACGGGAGAAGCCGCAGCCCAAGCCCACAGAACAGGAGAGACAACCGUGAUCGCGGUGGUGACUUCCGCCGUGAUGGUCGUGAUGGUGGUGGCUACCGUGGAGGUGGUGGUGAUGGUGGUUACCGUGGAGGUGGUGGUGAUGGUGGCUACCGUGGAGGUGGUGGUGAUGGCGGCUACCGUGGUGGCGAUGGCGGUUACCGUGGUGGAGAUGGUGGCUACCGUGGCGGUGGCGGUGGUGGGAGGAGGGGUGGAGGUGGAGGUGGCAGGUAUGACAGGCACGAUGGUGGAGACAGGCGCAGGUAUGGUGGCAGCCCACCGAGGCGUGGAAGGAGCCCUGUCAGGGAAAACAGUGAGGAGCGGAGGGCGAAGAUUGAGCAGUGGAACCGUGAGCGGGAGGAGAAGAAGUGAUCUCUAUCUAUGCCCAAGAGUUUCUGGGCAUGCAUUGCCUCCAAGCAUUUGCUAAAUCAGUUUGUUUGCUGUUAUAGUUUGUUCUUUAGUCGUCUGUUCGUUUGCUGUUAUAGUCGAAGUUGAACUUCCGUGAGUCGAUAGCCUUGUUGAGUAACCUGUUGAGCGCAGGAUUUAUACUGUUUUUGCUUCAUGAGACAUGUAAACCGUCAUUUGUUUCUCAAUAUUUGUCGUUGGAUCUGUUAUCAGAUUUAGUUAAUAGAGUUGUGUUUUACCGCUA